AAUUUUUUUUUUUUCAGUUGUAUUGGUAUACAGAGCAUUUUCAGAAUGGCGACUAUCUUAAUUCAGUGAGCGAGUACUUAUUCCCGCCCAUAAAACGUGAUAAUUGUGACAUUAAAUAAACUUUAUAAUUUGUGUUAAUAAUAAUAUUAUAUUAUUUUUUAAAAAAUGAUUAUUGAUAAUCCAGAACAAUUCAAGGCAUGGCUAACUGCUGUUUUGGAGCCAUUAUGUGACGCUGAUCCAGCAGCAUUAGCAAAAUAUGUAUAUGCAUUGGUAAAAAAAGAUAAAACACUUGAUGAAUUACGUGGUGGUAUGGUAGAACAAUUGGAUGUAUUUUUACAACAUGAAACAAAAAGUUUUGUGGAGUUGUUAUUUAAAACAUUGGAAACACAAAAAUAUGAAUUACCAUUGCCAAAAAUUGAUUCAACAAUUGGUGGUACAACACCACCAUGUAUUAAUACACCAUCAAAUUUACAAAUUAUUAAAACUGAAAAUAUUGAUAUACAAAUACCAAUUGUUCCAAUAAUAUCAAGUCCAACAUUACAACAACAACAACAACAACAACAAACAAUUAUGCCAUUGCAAAUUAAUGGUUCAUCAAUAAUGCCAUUAUCAUCAUCAACAACAACAAUAACACCAACACAACAACAACUACCACCACCGACACCAACAUUAUCAUUACCACCAACAUCAGUUAUACCAUUAACAACAUCACCAACAAUUCCAAUAAUGAUUAAACGUGAAAAUAGAAAAUCAGAAUCAGAAAAAGAUGAUAAAGAUAAACGUCCAAGAAGUCGUGGUAGAUUACGUUCAAAAACAAGAUCUCGUUCACGUUCAUGGGAAAGAGAUCGUCGUCGUUCACGUAGUAGAGAUCAUAUACGUCGUGAUCGUGAACGUGAUCGUAGUCGUCCAUGGAGAAAUAAAUCACCACCAUCAUCAAGUGUUCGUAGACAUGAUAGAAGACGUAGUAGAAGUCGUAGUUUAUCACCAUUACGUACACGUAAUACACGUGAUAUUAUUGAUAAUCGUGAUCAUAGAUCACGUUUUCGUAAUAGAUCACCAUCACCAUUACGUUCAUCAUCACGUUCAAUUGAACGUAAAAAAUUAGAUAAAUUAGAACCACAGCAAUUACAAUCACAACAACAGCAACAACAACAACAUAGUCCAGAUGGUACAAUUAUACAAGAUAGUAAUCAUGGUGAUAUUGACAUGAGAUCAUCAUCAUCAACUAGUCAACCAGUACGUAGUGUUGUUAUUGCACCACCAUUUAAAAAUAAUAAUAAUAAUAAUCAACAACAACAACAAACAACAAAUGAUAAUUUUCAACAACAAAAACGUCGUUGUCGUGAUUUUGAUGAAAAGGGUUAUUGUAUGAGAGGUGAUUUAUGUCCAUAUGAUCAUGGUACUGAUCCAGUUGUACUUGAGGAUGUUGCAUUAAGUCGUGUAUUAACAUUUGGUCCACAUGGUGGACCAACAACAACAACACAACCAAUUGUUGGUAAUGUUGUUAAUGAUACACAACAACCAGGACAUAAUGGUAAUUCACAACCACCACAUUUACCACUUUCAACAUUACCACCAUUACCUCAUUUAAGAAAUCAACAUCAUGCUAAUAUGGGUACAUUUGCAGAAUAUAAUCCAGAUGCACCAAGUAUGGAACCACGUGGUUUACCAUGGCCAAGACAUCCUGGUCAAGCACCUGGUAUUUAUGGACGUGGACAACGUGAAUUAAUAAGUGUACCUGUAAUACCACAUCCAAAUCAAACAGAUAUUAAUCAUCAUCAACAACAACAGCAACAACAACAUCAACAACAACAGCAGCAACAGCAACAACAGCAGCAAAUAAAUCCACUUAAACGUAAACAAGCAUUUGAUUUUAAUCGUCUUGGACCAAAACAACGUGCUAUACAUAAUUCAUUAAAUUGUUCACUUGAAUUAAAAAAAGUACCACGUAUUUUAAAUAAUAUAACACAAUUGAAUAAUCAUUUUUCGAAAUUUGGUAAAAUUGUAAAUAUACAAGUUAAUUUUUGUGGUGAUCCAGAAGCUGCACUUGUUACAUUUCAAUUACCAGCUGAAGCAAAAGCUGCAUAUAGAAGUACUGAGGCUGUGUUAAAUAAUAGAUUUAUUAAAGUUUUUUGGCAUAAUACUGCUAAUAAUAAUAAUAGUAAUACAAAUACUAGUGUUGUUGGUGGUGGUGUUAGUGUUGGUGCUAUUGAAAAUGUACCACCAGGUAGUUGUCGUCCAUCAGUUAAAGAACGUCUUGGUGCUGCUGUUACAGUACCAAUUAAAAGUGAAAAUAAUGAAUAUGUACCAACUCGUCGUUCAACUGAUGAACAAUCACAAGUACAAUUACAACAGCAACAAACUCAACAAAUUCAACAACAAGCUACACAAAAUAUUGUACAAUCAGCACAAAAAUUAACAACAACAACUGGACCAACACGUGAAGACAAGGUACUUGCUAUUAAAAAAACUCAAGAAAUCCUUGCUGCCAAAGAAACAAUUAAAAAAAAACAAGAAGAAUCAAGAAAAGAAGCUAUUAAAUUAACAGCUGAUUUACGUAAACGUAAAGGUGAAUUAUUGGAAAAAAAUUUAAAUGAAAUACGUGUAUUAAUUGAUAAAGCUGAAAAAAAUCCAGAACAAAAAGAUGCAAUAAUGACAACAAUAAAAAUAUUACAACAAUCAAUUGAUGAAUUACGUAAAGAUUUAUCAAUAAAUAAUGGUCAAAUAACAACAACAGCAACAACAGGUGUUCAAACAAAUAAUAAUACUAAUAGUAAUAAUAGUAAUAGUAAUUUUAAUAAUAAUAGUAAUAUUAAAACACAAAUUAAAACACGUGAACAAACACAAAAAGAAAUACUUGAUGCUGAGCUUGAUUUAAUGACAGCACAACAAGAAGGACAAGAUGCUGGUGAAUUACAAAAGAGACUGAAUGAAUUAAAAUUACAAGCUGCUGUAUUAGGUAUUAGUACUGGUGCUGUUGUUGCACGUAGUGUUAAAACAGCACGUGUUAUUAGAGGUGGACAUUCAUUAACUUAUCGUGGUGGACGUGGUGGUAUUGGUGGUGGUGUUGUUGUUGGACGUGGUAGUUAUGCACAUGUUUCUGUUGAUCAUAGACCAACAAGUCUUUUAAUAUCAGGUUAUGAAUCUGAUGAUAAAACCGAAGUACUUGCACAUUUUCAACAAUAUGGUGAAAUAGUCAAUCAAAUUGUUGAUGAUGCAACGCCUUCAAUUGUGAUAAAUUAUAAAUCAAGAAAAGAAGCUGAAGUAGCACUUAUUAAAGGUAGAACUUUUCAAGAUAGAUUAUUAUCAGUAACAUGGGUAUCAUCACAUCAUCUUCAUCGUGGUGCUGUUGGUAGUACGGUUGCUGGAGGUGGUGGAGCUGGUGGUGGUGGUAGUGUUGGUAGUGUUGGUAAUAAUAAUACAAAUUCAGCUCUAUCAGUACGUACUGAACAAACACAAAUAACCGAUGAGGACAUUGAUCUUGAGAGCGCAGCUGAAGCAUUACUUCUUGAAGAAAACGAGGAAGAAGAGGAGGAGGAUGGUGAACCAAGAAGCUGGAGACGAUAGCAGUAUACAAUUUGACAUAGUUUUACUGCUAUUAAAUACAGUAACGCAUGCACUAAAUGUCGUGUACACAAUGUCAUCGUUGAAACAUCAUCAUCACCAUCAACAAUCAAACAAUAUCUUUAUAAUAAUCCAAAUUUUAUUAAUAUAAUGUUUUUAUGGAUUAUUAAAUAUAUAUUGUUUUUUGUAUCAUGAGUGUUAAUAUAAUAUUUGUUAAUAAUAAUUGUAUCAAUUUUUUUUUUUUUUUUUCAUGCGUUAUAAGUUUAAAUUUAAAAAAAAUUAUAAAUUUGUAAUAAACUUUAAACGCACUUGAUAAUAACAUUGAAAAACAAAGCAAAAAAAAAAAAAAAUAUUAAUUAAAAAAAAGAAAAAAAAAAAAAAAUGAUUUACUAAAAGAAAAAAAAAAUUUAAUAUUUAAAAAAAAAAAUAAAAAACAAAACAAAUUUACAUUUUAAAAAAAAAAAAAGAAAAAAGAAAAAAAAAAAUUAAGUAAAUUUUCAAAAAAAAAAAAAAAAAAAAAAAAAAAAAUUAAUUUAAAAAAAGACAAAGAGAUAAAUAAUUAAAAAAAAAAAAAAAGAAGCGACUAAUAAAUUAUCCCAUUAUUUGUAGAAUAAAUCGCUAUGUUUUGUAUGGGAAAAAAAAAAAAAAACAGC